AUGGCUUCUAUCGAUUCUGAAUUCACCCAAGAGAGGGUCGCCCUGGUUCGGCGCCUGGACGCGGCCACCAAUCUCCGCACAGUCGAUAACGCCAACCAUGCCUUGAUCUGGCUAAGCGACCUUGAGGUACUGCGAGAGAUGGUCGAGAAUGCCGAAUCCAGCAAGACCACAGCUCGCCUGUCCUGGCUUGCUCGUCGCACGGGCAAACAAGACGCUGACAGAGCCGCCGACCUUGCUGAACAUGCACCACCAUCUGCGCCCGCACCCGCACCCGCACCUGUUUCGGCAGAGUCCUCAAAAUCCCCGCAAACAAAGUCACCAAAACGAAAGGGCAAGAAGGGGGAAUCCCCUUCCCCAACUAAGAUUCCGCGUCUGGCUGACAAUGUAAUUGGACGCUCGAAACCCGCCAGAGACACAGCCCAAGCCCGAGACAAUGACCGCUGUGUCGUAACCAAAAUGGGAGAACCUAUACAAAUGUGCCACAUCUACCCGUAUGCCCUAGGAAAGAAACCAGAGAACGAGCGGGAAGAAUUCUGGUCUUUACUGGAGACAUUUUGGGCCCCCGACAAGAUCGAAAAAUGGAAGAGCAAAGUUCUGGGCCCCAGGGGCCCCGAGACAGUGGAAAACUACCUAUGCCUCUCCACCAUCGUCCACGACCUAUGGGGCAAAGCCCGGCUCGCUCUUGAACCCGUCGAAGUGGCAGAGGACGGGACCUCGCUCACCGUCCGCUUUUGGUGGCUACCAGGUGCUCGAUGA